UCACUACAUGUAGACAAAAAAAAAAAAAAUGAUGUUGCGCCGAAAUGAGUAAUAUCAUGCGUUGUCCCGGACACCCUCAUAGAGAAUUCAAUAAACAGAGAGAACAACGCAAUUUGUCAGGGAGAUAGAAUUGGAGCUGAGAGAGAAGAGGACGCAGUGUGGGCGGGUUAAGAAACACGGAGAGGGAGGGGACGUCAGCGUUAUAUUCCCAUCGUUUUUGCCCCUUCAUGCGACGUCUGCCGAAAACAAGGACAUAGGUAUUGAGAUACUAUCCGUUCGUAUCAGUCUUAAAUCAAACUGAAGCGUGCACAUUUAAGCAUAUUCAAUAGAUCUGUGUGUGCAAUUCCGUUACCUGCGCUUUAGAUUUUUUUUUUCGUCGGAGGAUAGCUGAGCUGCGGAGGCGCGGAUGCUACGAGGGUAGCGUUGGGUACUAAAACACCUCACACUCACCACGAUGGACAGAAUGAGUUCUCUCUCAUUCCUCCUCCUUUGCUUGACUUCGGUUGCCAAUGGCAACAAAGCCAAUAAGCACAAGCCAUGGAUCGAGACGGAGUACCAGGGUAUCGUCAUGGAGAACGACAACACCGUUCUCCUCAACCCACCACUGUUCGCCCUGGAUAAAGACGCUCCACUGCACUAUGCAGGUGAGAUCUGUGGCUUCCGGGUGCACAGUGGGCCCACGGGAUCCAGUUCGGUACAGUUUGAGGCGGUGGUUCUGGACCGCUCGACAGGGGAGGGCCUGAUCCGCUCUAAAGAGCCCCUGGACUGUGAGAGCCAGCGGGAGCACAGCUUCACCAUCCAGGCCUAUGACUGUGGAGAGGGCCCCGAUGGAGCCAACAGCAAGAAGUCCCACAAGGCCACGGUGCAUGUACGUGUGAAUGACGUAAACGAGUUCUCCCCAGUGUUCGUGGAGCGUCGCUAUGAGGCCUCCGUCCCCGAAGGCCGUCUGUUCGACCGCAUCGUGCGCGUUGAGGCCCUCGACGCAGACUGCUCCCCGCAGUACAGCCAGAUCUGCUUCUACGACAUCAUCACCCCCAACGUUCCCUUUGUCAUCGAUAACGAUGGUAACAUUAAGAACACAGAGCCAUUGGAUUCGAAGCGCCAGCGUGUCCACACCUUCUGGGUGACCGCGUUUGACUGUGGCAAGAACCGCGCUCAGGCCGACGCCCAGGUCGUCGUCACGGUCAAACCGUCCUGCAAACCCGGCUGGAUCGGUUGGUCGAAGCGGGUGGAGUAUACCCCCGGGUCAGGCAGCAUUCCCCUGUUCCCCAGUUUGCACCUGGAGACCUGCGAAGAGACUGUGUGGAACAUCCAGGCCACCGUAGAGCUGCAGACUGGCCAUAUUGGGAAGGGCUGUGACAGGGACAGCUACUCAGACCGAUCAGUGCGCAGACUCUGUGGUGCUGUGAGAGGUCAAGUGGACUUACUCCCGCCCCCGUCCCCAGCAGCCAAUUGGACCUCAGCCUUGCCCACCCUCCCUUCUUCUGAUUCGUCCCUGGUGUUCUCCUUCAAUGGCUCCACCCAUGUUGCUGUGGUACCCGACUCCGUUGCCGCGGCCGUAUCCGGAGACCAUUUCACACUCCAGCUGUGGAUGCGAAGGGGUGGGAUCAACACCCAGCCUCCGACUAAUCAGGCCAGAGGAACCCGCAGGGAGGAGGAGACUAUCGUCUGCAGUACCGUCAAGAAUGGUCAGUCAAAUGACGACUCCUUCUCCCACUACUCUCUCUCCGUUCACGGUUGCCGUCUUUCUCUUUUCUACUGGCCCGACGUCUCCGCUGCGCGGCCCGUGAAAUUCCUCUGGAAACUGGAGCAGGUGUGUGACAGCGAGUGGCAUCACCUGUCCCUCAGUGUCCAGUUCCCCUCUGUGACACUGUACGUGGAUGGAGUCACCUUUGACCCCGCCCUCAUCCACGACAACGGAGCCAUACCCAACCCUGCCCCACGACAGCGACUGGUCAUUGGCGCCUGCUGGGAGACAGAAGAUAAACAGAAGGACAUCCUUAACAACACCAUCCCUGAGGUGAAAGACACAGGGAAGUAUGUGGGUGGUUACCGUGGCCUGUUGUCAGGGGUGACGGUGCGUCCAGGGAGUGUGGAGCCCCACAGUGUGGUGGAGUGUCUGUACGCCUGCAGGGAGGGGCUGGACUUUGGGGACCUGGAGACCUUGGGCUCAGGCAUGAAGGUGCACGUGAACCCCAGUCAGUCUGUGCUGGUUCUGGAGGGUGAUGACAUUGAGAGCUUCAACAGGGCUGUGCAACAGGUCACCUACAGGAACUCUCUCCGCUUCGCCACCCCUGGAGUCAGGCCACUCAAACUGACCACCUCCCUCAGGUGUUUCAAUGAGGAGAGUUGUCUUACGCUCAGGCAGUUGGAGGGCUACCUGGUGGUCCUUCAGCCUGACGCCCCUCAGAUCUCCCUGUCUGGGGUCGGCCCCCACCUGGCCCGCCCUGCGCCUGAAUUCGAGGGCCCCCGUGGUGUACCCCUCUUCCCAGAGCUGAGGAUUGUGUGCUCCCUGUCUCAUGCUGUUAACACAGCCGCUCAGGGCAUGGAAGGAGGAGCUCUGAUGUCAGAUGCCGUGGCCCACACUCUGGACGGCUGUGAGGUCCAGCCCCUGGGGGAGGAGCUAAACCCAGAGAGGGAGGAGCUCCUGGUGGACAUGGAUGCCCUGAGAGAGAGGGGUUUGGAGAUAAUCAACACCACUGCUUACAUCGCCAUCACAGGAGCGGAGUCCAUCUCCGUGUAUGAGGAUGUCCUUCGGUCUGUCCGUUACCGGCUGGCUAAAGGCUCGGCCCGCUUUGAGAGGCGGUUCCGUCUGUCCUGCUCCGAGAUGAAUGGCAGAUACACCAGCAACGAGCUCACACUGGAGGUGAACUUCCUGCACUCCCUGGACAGUCUGUACCACCCGUCUCACCUCCUGGCCUCCCAGCAGCAGUUCCUUCACCCGUCUCAUCACUCUGGGGAGCUGAGCGGACACACCCUGCCUAACCCCCACCGCAACUCAGUGGUGCCAGGAGCAGCCACAGUCAUCAUCAUGGUGUGCGUGGGCUUCCUGGUUGUCAUGGUGAUCCUGGGAGUGUUUCGAAUCCGCUCCAUCCACCGUCGUGGCGAGGGCGCCAGGGGAGGGUGUAAGGAGGACAGCGGCCAAUGGGAUGACUCUGCCCUCACCAUCAUUGUCAACCCCAUGGAGUCCUAUGAGUCUCGUAUGGGCAUCUCAGCUGACACUGAAGGUGAGGAGGACGAGGAAGUGGUGGAGUCGCCUGAUGACGCCAACGACGACCAGCGAAUCAUCAUCAAGAAAGAGUGCAGAGACGGCAACCCCCGUCGCUACUAAGCCAAUCGUCUUUCUCUCUCUGGACGCACCCAUUUCUAUGGAGACCACAAAACGGCUCGCCACUCACACACUCUUAACGCUUUUAAAUAUUAAAAACUGCUGACACCUCUAGUCUAUGGAAUGUAAACGUACAGCAACAAACACUGUAUUACCACAACAUCAUAGCCAAUAACAGUGCAUUGAAUGUUUCACCACGUAAAUGUUCUACGGUACAAUAUAUACAGUAUACUCUAACCGCCUGACCAAAACAACCAUCAAAAAUUGUAUGUGGUGCACUAAUUCCUAACUCACAGGGAAUUGACAUUGUCCGGGAAGUCUGUGUGACACAGGCCGGACCGAGGCUACAUAACUUAGUUGUAAAGUUAAGAUUGUAUAUGUCUUAUUAUCUCUAUAUCACACUUCAGACACAUUUGCCCACCACACAAAAUGAAUAUUGAAGCAAUCGAUUCACACACAGCCUCGUGUCGGCCCCUCACACAUAGACACAAGCCCUGAUCCUGACGCUAUCCCACACACCUCUAGAUUUAAUCUAGUCGUCUUUUUGCUGCACAAUCUCUCUCUCUCUCUCUCUCUCUCUCUCACUCCUUCUCUCUCUAUACAUUCCUCAACUUCCAAAAACACGAACACCCUCCCCACCAGAUCUGACUCCAGAUCAGAUCCACAUUUAUAGUAACCCUAAUAUAGAAAAACAUAAAAUUAUAGGGUUCUAACAGACUUUUACAUACUAUGUACGCUGUGCUUCACAUACUGUAUGUGAUGUGCUAAAUUAGAUCAAAUAAAUUGUACAUGCAAAAGUGUACAUUUUCAGGACUUUCCUUUUGUCAGGGUAGACUUUUAAAUGUUAAAUUGUAUUGGUUGGUAGAUCCCUUUCAUUGUAUGUUUUUGCAAGACAACCAAACAGGCUGCCGAUACGGGCAUAGAGUAACCUCUGACCCUUACCACAACCCCAGUGACUCGACUGAGCGACCCCAGCCCAUUGUGACCAAUUUGUAAGUCGCUCUGGAUAAGAGCGUCUGCUAAAUGACUUAAAUGUAAAUGUAAAUUGCACUUUCACCACCCACCGCUCUCGUAACAACCUCACUAUAACAACGACACACACACCACAACACCCGCUGUAUCCAGAAUGUCAGCUCAGCUCGGGCAGUUUUGAUUGUAUUACAUUUUCUGUACAUACAAUUAUUGUUAUUAUUAUUGCAGUCAACGCUUGCUCUCUGUCUGUACUCUUAAAGAGGGAGCUGCAUAUACAUAUUAUUUAUUACCAAUUACAAUGUUUUAUCAUUUGACCAGCUGUUGUAUAUUUUUAAAGGUUACACCAUCAGCAUACAGAGUAAUAAUAAUAGUAGUAGUAAUAAGGAUGAUGAUUCCUGGCUUGAUGAGUGUAUUCAUUCGUGUGUUGAAUUGUUGUAAUUUAAAAUCUUGUUCAUAUCUGAAUCACAGUAAAUGGAGGGGACAUUGUGAUAAAUACCUACUAUGUCACCCCUCUCGCUCUCACUUCUUCCUUCUUUCACACCUCCUUUAGAAUAUUCUUAAAUCGUUCUAUCUUCCUUAUCUCCUCUCUCCCCCUCGUCUUUUUCUUUUCACGCCGGUCCCCACCAUCUCUUUGGUCUAUUGAAUGUACCUCCUCCCUCCAUCCCUCCUUCACCCUCCCUCACUUCCUCCCUUUGUGUUUAUUGCUGUCUGUCUGUGUUUCAAUGUGCAGUGAUAAACCUGUCAGUAAAUAAAGCCUGUUUUUCAGUGUAAUAUUAAAAAUGGAAUACAAAUUUCAUGAAUUACUUAUAUUAUUACUAUGGUUACUAUUGGGACAUUAACUGUAAUUAUUGAUACAAUGAUAACAUGGAUUAUGACGAUUAUUGUUAUUGAUAACUGUCUGAAAACAUUUCAAAGUUCAUAAUAAAACACUCCGAUGACGUCUA